CUCAUCUCUCCACUCACUUGCCCCAAAUAUUAUCUUCAACACCUUCACAAUGGCGCAAAAAUAAAUGUACGAUAUGCCCGAACAAGUUGUACAGUCAAGAAUCGUAAGGAGAAGAAAUCCUCGUCCAAUUAACAGUUGCGUAGAGUGUCGGACGCGGAAGAGUCGGUGCUCGAAAACGCAUCCUUGUCAGAAUUGCACAGCGUUUGGGAGGGAAUGUGUCUUUAUUACGGUACCUGAGAGCGCAGCGCGCAGGAAAAAUAGAGAGUCGUCGAAGAGCAAUGCGGAUUGGACGCAGCCGCUUCCGGUUCGAACCCAAACGACCCAGCCGGAGAAUUCUAGUACCAAUGCGAUUACCACGACUCCCGGAACGCCUCCACGUGAUUACGAAUGGGAGGCAUAUCAACAACAUGUUGACAUAGACGGCGAUGCGUGGGAGAAGUUACCGGCCGAACCCGAAGAAACGCAUGAUGAUGUGUACGAAGACGAGAACGAAGAUGAAGAUCAGAUCGCAACGGAUCUCACCAUCCGGAUUGGAAGAAUGAUCAUAUGUGAGAACAUCACUGGUUUCUUCCGUCCUCAAUAUGCCGAAGAGCUUGGAAAGCUCCUUUCAGAGCACCCAGCGUUAACCUCAUCCGUUGCAGGGCAAAGAGCACCCCAGUCUUCUGCCCUCCUUUCGGCAGAGAACAUGCCGUCUCUGUCACCAUCGCUCAACCUGCUCUUGGGAGCUUCGGCACAUCUGCCUCAAGGCAGUGACUUAGAAUCUCUUCAGCUUCCUACACGACUAGAAGCUGAAGCGCUCUUCCUAAGAUAUGUAGAGUCUGUCAGCCCGCUAGCGCAUGUUCUGCAUAUCCCAUCUUUCAAGCGUGUCUUUGAAAGGUUUUGGAUGAAUAUCGAGAUCGGUAAUCCUAAUCAGAAUUCGUGCACAGCUUUGAUCUUGUCAAUUUGUAUGGCGGCAGCUGCAACUCUGUCCCCACUCCAAGCCAAAGCACAAUUUAGCAUCACCAAAGAGGACCUGUUUCUAAGAUUACAGAAGGCAACCGAACGAGCGUUGCUGCGCGCUAAUUGGUCGAAAACAUCUAAUAUCCGAACUCUUCAGGCACUCACCAUAUAUCUCAUACCCCUGUGUAGAGCACAGAUUUCUCGCGCCACCUCUGUCGUAGUUGGAGCUCUGGUGCGUCUAGCACAGUGCAUUGGGAUCCAUCGGAUCAGUCACAAUUCCGCAAACAGUCUGACGCCUUUCCAAAGGCAUGUCAGAUCUUUGCUCUGGUAUCAGAUCUGUUUCUUGGAUUUCAAGACUGCCGAGGCACAAGGCCCGCAUCCGUCUAUCCGAUCCGACGAUUUCGACAUACCACUUCCGUUGAACGUUGACGACGACGUAUUCGAGCUCGGAACAACACAGUGGCAGCCGCACCCCACGCCUAUUCAAGGAUGGACAGAUGUGACGUUGUCCCUGAUCCGUUACGAGUGCAACGAACUCCACCGCCUUAUCUUCCGCGGUAGGAUAGAGAUGGAUCGCAAAGCCAUCACGCUACACGACCUACGCGCCCGAGUUGAAGCGCAAAAACGACAGAUUCAUGCAAAAUAUCUCCACUUUCUAGACGCUCAUGUUCCCAUCCAAAGAUACGCUGGCCUCGUUGCAACACUCCUAAUGGCGCGUUGUGACUCGAUGCUACUUUACCGCCACCUCCCCCAAACAUCUAUCCAGCCGCGCUCAGAAUCUGAAAACCGGCUUCGAGACGUUCUUCUAACCGCUGCUCUCACAACACUAGAAAUAGGGGCUACGCUAGACACGCUGCCUUCACUAAGUUCAUGGGCCUGGUACUCAACUACCUACCAACAAUACCACGCAGUGCUCCUCCUCCUGACUGAGCUUUACCGGACACCGGACUUACCGCGGAAGGACCGAAUGGUGACAAUCAUCGACCACGUCUUCGGGCACUGCUACGGGAUCAGCGUGCGGGAACGAUGCUCGGAUUUACUGUGGACCGUUAAGGAGAAUCUUGAGGCUUUUUACAUCAUGAAGGGUAUUCGGAGUUACAAAUCCAUGGUGACGACGCCGACGCCACCAUAUUUCCCUAGCUCACAGCCACUUUCGCAAUCGCAAUCGCAAUCGCAAUCUCAAGGCCAAACACUCCAAUCUCUCACCCAACACCAACCCCAACAAUCCCAACAGCCUGGAACAGGAACAACAACAGGCACUUCUGCAACCCCAGAUUUCGCAUCCAUGACACUUCAAUCCCAACUAGCGAACCCCAUGGACAGCCUUAACGUUGAUCUUGACACUCUCCUUAACAACUUAGGAUCGGCAGGAAGCUCUGCUCCAGAGGGCUUUGAGGACUUUUUGUCUACUAUGCAGACUUCGGAUCCUAGCGCUAUAUUCGUGCCCGUGGAUAAUGGAGGAAAUGGUCCUGGACAAGGAAAUGAGUGGAUGGUGAAUGAUGGGUGGGGAUUUCAGGGAGGUUCGCAAGGAUGAGGAUUUAGAAGAGGAUUUAGACGGGGAUCUAGAUAAAGACGGUUAUGACUGUACGAUAUUAGAGUUUCCUUCUGGUCAGAGGUUUAUACGGGGGAUAUGAUCUGAUCGCUUUUCUUAGUAUUGGAUUCUGACAUUUAGGAAAGAUGGCUAGAGAUGAAGCUGUAUGUGUAGG